GCUGCAACGAUAGUAGAUCAUCUAUGUCAUAAAACAGAAGCAAAAAUGUUGGAAGAUGAUUUGAAAAGUCUGAAGAAAUUUCCCAUUAAACAGCAACAGCAACAGAUAGAGAAAUUUGAAAAUAUGGAGAUUAUUAAUGAAUCAACGACAGAAAUUAAAGUGAAAAUUGAGAAAUUGGAUAAUAUCGACAGUGCGGACAACGACGAAAAGCGGUCAAAGAAACAUUCAAUUAGUGAAGAAAUUGGUGAUUCUAUUGAGCCCCAACCACCUGCGAAAAUCUGGAAAGGUUUGAGAUAUAAAACAUGGUCGAUG